AUGCUGCCUGUUCUGUUUGCUGAUUCUGUUUGCUGGUUCAUGAAUAUGCUCUAUGCUUCUGUUUGCUCUAUGCUCGACCAUUCUAUGGAACAAUCACAAAGUAACUCACAGCCACAAGAUAAUGCUGCUCAAAAUUCUCAAACUGGUUCAUCUAGAGGUAAAUCUGAUCCAGCUUGGCAAUAUUUUACAGUGAGGUAUGACAAAAAUAACAAGGCUCAAUAUACAUGUAUUUUCUGCUUGAAUACUUAUAAUGGAGGGAGGAUAUAUAGAAUGAAAUAUCAUCUUGCAAAAAUCCCUGGACAAAUUAAAGUCUGUAACAAAGUUACUAAAGAUGUUGAGCUUCAAUUCAAAAGGCUUUUGGAGGAAAACAAAAAAAUUAAGGCAGAAAAAAGAAAAUUUACAUCUGAGUGUUAUGAUGUGGAAAGUGAAAGAGAAGCGGAAGAAGAGGGUGAAGCGCCUAAUCCUAUACAACCUCCGGCUCCUGCAACAAUGGGAGACAAAGGAAAGAGAAGAGCGAUUGCUGCUACUCCAAUUGGAAGUUAUUUUAAGGAAAGGACUACGCCAGGCUCUCAACCAGCUUUGAAAAGUGUAUUGGCCAGUAAACAAGUUAAACACAAGGUUAAGUUGGGGCUUGCAAGAUGGAUCAUUGAUGCACGGAUUCCAUUCAAUGCAAUUCAAUCGCCUUACUUUCAACCUGCCUUGGACGACGUUGCUGCAAUUGGACCUGGUUUCAAGGGACCGUCGUAUGACGAAAUGAGAGUUCAUUUGCUAGCCGAUCUUAAGAAGGAGUGUCAGUUACUUGUUGAAGGUUAUAGGAGCUCGUGGAAAAGGACUGGUUGUACACUGAUGGCAGAUGGCUGGACUGAUCAAAGGCAGCGUACGUUAAUUAAUUUUCUAGUUUAUUGUCCUGCUGGUAUGUCAUUUGUUAAGUCUGUUGAUGCUUCUGAUAUGAUAAAAACUGCCGAUACCUUGUUUAAAUUGUUUGCUGAGGUUAUUGAGUGGGUUGGGUCUAGUAACAUUGUGCAUGUGGUUACUGAUAAUGCUACAAAUUAUGUAUCUGCUGGAAAACUCAUUCAUGAAAAGUAUCCAAACAUUUUUUGGUCUCCUUGUGCUGCUCAUUGCAUCAAUCUUAUCUUAAAAGACAUAGCAAGUCUUCCUCACAUAGUUGACCUUGCCUCUCGUGCUUCAAAAGUGACUGUCUUUGUUUACAAUCAUAUGAUUUUCUUGUCAUGGCUUAGAAAAAGAAAAGAUUGGAAAGAAAUUGUUCGACCAGGAGUAACACGUUUUGCUACUGUUUUCAUUACUUUGAAAAGUAUAUAUGAUCAUAAAGAAGACUUGAAAUUAUUGGUGAUUGACAAAUAUUUCACUUCUCAUAAAUUAUCCAAGAGUGUCAAUGGGAAGAUGGUUAGUUCAAUUAUCUUGGAUAGUAAGUUUUGGGAGGAUUGUUUUACUACUGUUAUGCUUGUUGGUCCUCUAAUUAAGUUAUUGAGGCUUGUUGAUGCUGAUGAGAAACCUUCUCUGGGUAUCGUGUAUGCGGGCAUGCAAAGAGCCAAAAUUAAUAUCAAGACAAUGUUUAGAAAUAGGAAAUCUGCAUACACACCUUAUACAAGUAUCUUGAAAAUGCGGUGGGAUAAGCAUUUGAAGCGUGACCUCCAUGCAGCAGCAUACUUUUUGAAUCCAGAUUACUUCUAUAGUAAGGGGUUUGUUGAGAAGGCAAAUAUCUUGAGGUCUUUGCUUGAUUUAUUUGAUAUUGAAACUCUUUGCGAUGACUCGGUUGCCGCAAUGCAAGAGAUACAGUUGUAUCGAGAUCGAAAAGGAAGUUUUGGAAGGGAAAGUGCAUUAAAAGCAAUUAAGAGACUUGAACCUGUAGAUUUUUGGGUAAUGCCGGAUGAAGAUGAUCCUGAAUUUACUCAUGGAGACAUCGAAGGCAUUGAAAAUUUAAUUUAUACGGAUAAUGCUAUGCCUUCAUAUCCUACAGAUGGAGGAGAUGUGGAACUUGAUAUGGAUUUCCCUAAUGUUGCUGAUUCUUCAAAUACAGCUUCUUUUGGUGUUACCUCUGAUGAUGGUGGCUUUGGAUUACCUGUUUAUGAUGGAGAUGUUGGAACACUUAAUGAUAAUUAUGAUUUUUGA